GCGGCGCGGCGCGGCGGCGCACUCGAGCAUGGCCGCUGCCGCGGCGGGAGGAGCCCCGGGUCCGGCCCCCGGCCCCGCCAGGCCCGCGCCGGCCUCCCGGAACCCGCCGUCCGUGCCGCGGAGGCGCGGGGACUCCCGGCGGCGCCAGGCCGCUCUUUUCUUUCUCAACAACAUUUCCCUGGACGGACGGCCCCCGAGCCUGGGUCCUGGCGGCGAGAAGCCACCACCGCCACCGCCCACCGAGGCCCGCGAGCCGCCCGCGCCGCCGCCCGCUCCACCCGGAGGCCUCCCGGGCCUGCCAGCCAGGCCCGCGCCCCAGGGCCUGCUCAGCCCCACCACCGCGCCCGCCGGCCUCGGCCUGGACGGGCAGCGCCAGAGGAGACGAGUCACAUCUCAGCGCUGUUCCCUCGAGUUUCUGGAAGAUGCAGUGGGAUGUGCCUCGGUGCAGAGAACCAAGCACGCAUCUGGAUCACCAAGACAUAAAGGCCUGAAGAAAACCCACUUCAUCAAGAACAUGAGGCAGUAUGACACAAAGAACAGCAGGAUUGUACUCAUCUGUGCCAAGCGGUCCCUGUGUGCAGCCUUUUCAGUCCUGCCCUAUGGAGAGGGCCUACGGAUCAGUGACCUGAGGGUGGACAGCCAGAAGCAGAGGCACCCAUCCGGCGGCGUUUCUGUUUCUUCCGAGAUGGUCUUUGAGUUGGAAGGCGUUGAGCUGGGAGCAGAUGGAAAGGUCGUGUCUUAUGCAAAGUUCCUGUAUCCUACUAAUGCCCUGGUUACACACAAGAAUGACAGCCAUGGCUUGUUGCCUCAGCCUCGGACCAGCAUUCCCCGGGCUCCACCAGGUUCAAGACACAAAUCUAUGCCUACCAAGUCAACACCAGCUGGCACAGAACUAGGAAGCGACGGGGGAGAUGCAGUAGAGUACAACCCCAACCUCCUGGAUGACCCACAGUGGCCUUGUGGGAAGCACAAACGGGUACUUAUCUUUGCUUCAUACAUGACCACGGUAAUAGAGUAUGUGAAGCCUGCAGACCUCAAAAAGGACAUGAACGAGACCUUCAGGGAGAAGUUCCCUCAUAUCAAACUGACAUUGAGCAAAAUUAGGAGUUUAAAGCGUGAGAUGCGGAACCUUUCUGAAGAGUGCAGCUUGGAGCCUGUGACCGUGUCCAUGGCCUACGUGUACUUUGAGAAGCUUGUACUGCAGGGCAAGCUCAACAAACAGAACCGCAAACUGUGUGCUGGUGCCUGCGUUCUAUUGGCUGCCAAGAUCAGCAGUGACCUCCGCAAGAGCGAAGUGAAGCAGCUGAUUGACGUGAGUGCAGAGGUAAACUGGAGGAAAGAUUCCGGUUCAACAGGAGAGAUCUCAUUGGAUUUGAGUUCACAGUGCUUGUGGCUUUGGAACUGGCCCUGUACCUCCCUGAGAACCAAGUGUUACCUCACUACAGACGCCUCACCCAGCAGUUCUAGUCCAGAACAGUGCACCCCACAGGAAGGCUGCCUGGUAGGAAGGCAUGCAGCUUGGCUAGAGCACUGAGAUGACUAGUGGCCCUGUCCUCCUCCAAUACUGCACUUCUCCUCAGAGCCCAAGGUGGCUCUGGGUUUCCUUGGCAACUUCACCUUCACCCCGAAGUGGCACUUUGACUGCACCUCAAGGCACUUCUGAGGAGUUUCCUGGAGUAAAUGAACAGUGUGGGGCUUGGUUUGUUUUUCAUGUGCCUGAGACCAGCCUGGUUUACAUUGUCAGUCCUGAGGUCCAGCCUUUACUUUGCCUAGGCCUUGCAACCCAUCAGCCGUGAAGCCAUUCCUGUGGAGACCUUGGUGUCCAGACUUUUCUGAACAUGCUAGAAUUGCCAGACCUAACACAUUUUUCUGGACAUGGCUGUGCAUGACGCCAAGACCCUGACCCCAUCCCUACAUCAACACAUUUUUUUUGUCAAGAUGCAAGGAAGGACAGACACCUUGACCCAUUCUGACAUUGCUCACUCUUAGACCUUGUUAAAGCAUCUAUCACUGUGAAGUCCUUAUGCCAUCACAUAUACAGUGGGGCUUGGCCAAUACCAUCACCCACCCCACCCACCUCCUACUAGGAAAACUUCCCUGCAUCACUGGACCUUUAAGACAACUGCUGACUUCAGGCUCCUGACUUUUCCUAAGCAAUAUCAUGUAGAAAAGGUAUUGUAAUUUGAAAUUUGGUCUCUAUACAAACAGAAGCUAGCCUGGUAAGGUUUGCUGGUGACUAAACCACGCUUGACACUCAAGCAGGAAGGCACUGACCUCUAACAGGGAGCCCAUCAGUGACUCCUGAGCAAAGUAGAUGCCGUCUAGGCCAACUUGCUUAUGUAUCCACUGUGCCACUGCCCCUCUGCUAGCACUGAACAGGCCCCUCCUCUGCUUUCCCAGGUCCGUUCUUCCAUUCUUCCUGCACACUGGUUACUAGCCCAGAUUGCCAUGGUACAGUUAGUCCCGCUGCUGGCAACUGCUUGGAUCCACCUCACCACAGCCCCAACAAUGUUCAUGCCUCUCAGGACAGUGUCCAACCACCUAGGCCCAGAGAAUCUCUAAUAGCUUAUACAGGAACCUUGCAAGAUAGUGACAAACCAGUCUUGGGUCCCAACCAUGUUUAUGCCAGGAUAAGUAUGCUCAUGCCUCUACAGCAUCUUGGGCUCAAGACAGUGGUCCUGGCAUGGCAGACAAGUCAUCUGACUUGACUACCCUUGGAGGACAUACCCAGGCAGUUUCCUCUAGUCUAGAUGUGAUGUUGAAGAUGGUAAAUAGUAAUAACCUAGGCCUGUAUUAUUUAUGUAGUAGGAUUUAUUCAUCUACCAACCUUAUCUGCUGGAAGUCCUUCCCUGCCCUCAAUACCAAGAGCUGCUGACGUGUCAAACCAAGCACUGUUGUGACAAAGCCAACCCUUAAACCAAAUGACAGGAGGAACCCACAAUCCUAUAGACUGAGUCCAGAAAUCUGAAUAUACCCCUGGUGUCCAGCUGGACUGUGACCCAAUGCCACAGACCUGGUGCUGCACCCUUAGCACCCAACAGUGGACACAACUGUGUGAGAAUAUCGGACCUCAGAAUGUUGUGUAUGUCUGAUAGGUUUUGAAUGGAUGGUGUUUAAAUGUUUUUGUUAAAGUAAAACUUGUUUUUGCAACAUA